AUGGUGAACAAACUCCUACACCAGUGGGGACUGGAGAAGUUCCACAGCGAGAUGGUCAAGUUAGCAGCCAAGUACCAACAGAGGGCUCGGCAUAUGGAGGCGGCUUUACAGAGAUAUAUGGCGGGUAAGGGGGGUCAUAUGGGGGUAAGGGGGUCAUAUGGGGGUUAUAUGGAGGCGGCUUUACAGAGAUAUAUGGAGGAUCUUGCGACAUGGAACUUCCCGAGUGGAGGGAUGUUCUUCUGGGUGAGGAUCAAAGGCGUGUUAGACACGAGCCAGUUGAUGGAGGAAGCUCUGGCAGAGGGCGUGGCCAUUGUCGCUGGGCGGCUCUUCUCACCUGAUCAAGCUCCAAAACCUUUCAUACGGUUAUCUUUCUCGGUCGCUGGUGUGGAAGAAAUGGACAAGGGUAUUAAAAUCUUAGCUGAGGUUGUCAAAAAGAUUCAAGGAAAAAAUAAUCAAGCUGUUGUCGUUAACUUUCUCACUAAAGGUCUCGAAGAUUGUUCACAAUGUUGCAAUGAAUGUUCACCUUUAAAUGUGUGUACAAAAUCUACCGAAGAUCUCCUAACCUCACCCGUCUCCCUUCCUGACUACAUUGGGGCACUGAGUCGUAUGGGCAGACUUGCCGAGGACAACUCGCUUCGUCAACUCUACUCGAAAGCCUGCUCCAGUGGCAAGCCUGUCAUCUUUCUGGCCAAUGGUCUGCCCAACACCGAUACAUUUCCUGUUAUCAACGCUAUGUUUACUUUGAGGAAAAUGUUUUAUGAAGCUAAAAAUGUACAUAUAUUUCAUGUACUGCUGGAGGAAGGCGAUUAUCUAUUAGUGGAAAACGAAAUUUAUGCAAAUACUAUUGGCACGUCCAGACUGUACGGUGCCAGGACAAUCACGGUGCCCAGUGAUGAGGAAGGGAUGUUGGCUCAAGAUUUGGAAGAUGUUCUAGGAUGCUGGGCAACGACACAUCCCAACACGAAAAGACCACGAGUUUUAUACACGAUCACGUUCUGCAACAAUCCAAAGAGUAACACAUGGGAACAAAAUCGAUUGAAGGAAAUUUACAAAGUUUGUCGGAAAUAUGACGUCAUCAUACUUGAGGAUGCAGCAUACUACUUCAUGCAGUUUCAUCAGAGGCGGCGUGGCUUCCAGUCCAUUGAUGUAGAUGGUAGAGUGCUGAGGUUCGACACCUUCUCUAAGAUACUGGGAGCAGGCUAUCGCCUCGGCUGGUUAAGCGGACCUGCUAUGUUAGUUCAGAAGUUUGUCAUGAGCAUGUCCCAAAGCACCAUUCAUCCCAGCCUUCUCCCUCAGCUGAUGGUAAACAAACUCCUACACCAGUGGGGACUGGAGAAGUUCCACAGCGAGAUGGUCAAGUUGGCAGACACGUACCAACAGAAGGCUCGGCAUAUGGAGGCGGCUUUACAGAGAUAUAUGGCGGAUGUUGCGACAUGGAACUUCCCGAGUGGAGGGAUGUUCUUCUGGGUGAGGAUCAAAGGCGUGUCAGACACGAGCCAGCUGAUGGAGGAAGCUCUGGCAGAGGGCGUGGCCAUUGUCGCUGGGCGGCUCUUCUCACCUGAUCAAGCUCCAAAACCUUUCAUACGGUUAUCUUUCUCGGUCGCUGGAGUGGAAGAAAUGGACAAAAUCAACUUUGUUCUGGAAGAACAAUUUCAUAUCUUUACCAGCAACAUCUACAAUUAUAUUAACGGCCCCAACCCACAAUCUCUCAGGGAUCUCCUGAAUUCUCCCGUCUCUCUGCCAGACUACGCCAGUACUUUCAGCCGUACAGGCAGAAGAAUCGUCAACAAUAUCCUGCGGCGCAUGCACACGAAAGUUAAUGAGAGUGGUAAACGUACAGUCCUCAUGUCGGGCGGUCUACCUGAUGCCAACACUGUACCAGCAAUACAGGCCAAGUUUUUCUUGAGAGACGGCAAUGUGAUUGAGUUGGAUAAAAAUGAUAUGGCGGAUGUUGGAAACUACGGGCAGUCUGAAGGACUGCCAGAACUACGGGAAUGGCUAACAGAACUUCACCGAGUAGAACACGAGCCGCCACAGCUUAUCAGGACUGACCACCCAGAGCCGUUCAUGUUGACCAUAACCAACGGCAUCACAGACGGUCUCAGAGGGGUGUUUCACGUGUUGCUUGAUGAGGAGGAUCACGUGCUGAUAGAAGACGAAGUCUACUCCAACACCAUCAGUGCUCUCACAUUGUUUGGAGCAAAGCCAGUCACGGUGACAAGUGACGAGGGAGGGAUGUUGGCUCAAGAUUUGGAAGAUGUUCUAUCAUCCUGGGCAACGACACAUCCAAACACGAAAAGACCACGAGUUUUAUACACAAUUACCGCAUGCAACAAUCCAAAAAGCUAUACCAUGGAACAAGAAAGACUGAUAGACAUUUACAAGGUGUGUAGAAAGUACGACGUCAUCAUACUGGAAGAUGCAGCAUACUACUUCAUGCAGUUUCAGCAGAGGCGGCGCGGUUUCCAGUCCAUUGAUGUAGAUGGUAGAGUUCUGAGGUUCGACACCUUCUCUAAGAUUAUAGGCGCUGGGUAUCGCUUAGGCUGGCUUAGUGGACCAGAGACAAUAGUCAGAAAGUAUGUCGACAGCAUGGCACACAACACAUCUCAUCCUUGUAUCUUAUCGGAGAUCCUGAUAAGUAAAAUCCUGCAUCAGUGGGGACUUGAGACGUUUUACAGCGAGAUGCGCAAGUUGGCUGCCGCUUAUGAAAAGAAAGCUCAAAACAUGGACCGGAUUUUAAAGAAAUAUUUGUCAGAUGUUGCCACAUGGAACUUCCCGAGUGGAGGGAUGUUCUUCUGGGUGAGGAUCAAAGGCGUGUCAGACACGAGCCAGCUGAUGGAGGAAGCUCUGGCAGAGGGCGUGGCCAUUGUCGCUGGGCGGCUCUUCUCACCUGAUCAAGCUCCAAAACCUUUCAUACGGUUAUCUUUCUCGGUCGCUGGAGUGGAAGAAAUGGACAUGGGUAUCAAAAUUUUAGCAGAGGUCGUAAAAAGAUUGAAAUAAAAAUAUAAGUGAGCUAAUGAAAGUUGACGUCUUAACUUUAAAAAAAAAAAUAUGCACUCGAAUUUUUUGCAUGUUAUGCCUGAGCACGGUGCCAUAUUUGAUACUGUGUGCUUUGACCACAGGUGCUUUGACCAGGUGCUUUACCACAGGUGCUUUGACUACAGGUAUUUUGACCAUCGGUGGUUUGACCAUUGGUGGUUUGACAAUAGUAGCCAACCAUAGAAGCUUUGACCACAGGUGCUUUGACCAGUGUUUCUUCCAGACUUUUUUC